AUGCAUGUACUUGUGGGUGAUUUCAUAUUGCUUACGACUCGGGAGACUGAGGAGGCGACGCUUGUUGUGGCUGGUUUCGCAGCCGCUUGUGUGGCCGACGCACCCGAAGAUGCUCCAGAGAUUUUCUUCUACCAAUUGGACGGUUUUCGGUCACAACUCAAUGGCCACGCCCGGAUGUUCCUAAAUAUGGUGUCCUCAGAUUAUGGUCCAAGAGACACCCUGGAGACUACAGCCGAUCUAUAUCAUAUUAGGAAGUACACUUGCCACCUUCUGCCGUCCCUAAAUCCAUUCUGCCAUCUACCAUACAUUCUCGGGGAGCUUUUCCCGGAACGCCGCAGUAACAUUGCAGAGCUCGACGGAAACCUACCACAGCAUUCAGAGGAUAGUCAUGGAGGUCCGCUCGCCGAGGUGCCCAUAGAACGCAUCGUCGCGAUGUUCGACACAAAUGUCUUCUCCAUCCUGUGCAUGGCGAAGGCCGUCUUCUCCCACAUGGCGUCCCGCAAGAGCGGCACUAUCGUCAACAUCGGCUCGGUCGUCGGAGGGAUGCGGCGUGUAUGCUGUUACGGAGGCCAGCGUGCGCUCCAUCUCCAAGCCCUCUACAUGGAGUGUGCGCCGUUCGGGAUCACCGUCGUGCACGCCGCGCCGGGCGCCAUCCAGUCCAACCUCGCAGCAAACAGCGCCCCUUCAUUCGGCCUCCCCGAGAAUAGCCUGUACACGUCCUACCUAGGCGCGAUCAUCGCCCGCGGUGACAUGACCCAGGGCGGCGCCAUGACCCUGGAGGAGUUCGCGAGACGGACGGUGAGCUCGGUGCUCAGGCCGAAGCCGCCGAGGUAG